CUGGAGGAUGAGGAGCGGCGGGGAUGCUUGCUGCCCCCUCUCCUCCGAUGAUACAUCUGAUUCUGCUCGUAGUCUGAAGGGAAACAGCCUCAGCCAUGGCCUCUGACAUCACCCCAGAGGCCAUCGGCUUCCUGUCGGCGGUGGGUGUCUUCAUCGUGGCGUUGGCCGUCCUCUUCCUCUUCAUCAACAAGAAACUGUGUUUCUCACGUGUCGGCGGUCUCCCCUGCCUGGAGGUACAUGGUCGUCGUAAGAAAGGACGGGCUGGAAUCCGUCAGGGCCUCGUGAACAGCUACGGUGACGACGACGACGAUGCCUCCAGCUCGUCAGACAGCGAAGAUGAGGUCCUAAGGCAGUUUGAGGUGUCCGUGUCUCGUUCACAGAAUUUUCGUACUGCAGCAGCCAACAUCGGUGAACAGCAGCCCCAGCAGACUCACCUGUCACUGGGUCGACGACACAAAUUUACCCGACUAUCAGACCAGGAGGAGGGCAGCACUGAGCCAUCAGACUGUGAAGAAACAGCAGCUCAAAGCCAACAGGGUUUUCAGGAUCCGCUCUCUGCGGUGGUAGAAGCAAAAGAAAGGGCAUCCGUGCUCUCUUUGGACAGACCUGCAGGAGACCACCCACUGGCCUCCAGUGACUGUCCCACCGUGAGCAUGGACCAGCAAUCUGCGGAAGCAGUGGAUCAGGACAAGAAUGAGGUCACAGAAAGCCCCUCCGCCUGGACCCCAGAGGAAGAGCCACCUCCUCUUGGCGAAGUCUCGUCUCAGCCAGGCUGUUCUUCCCCUCGAACUCCCAUCUCCAAGUGUGGAGAUCUGGUCCUCUCCCUGGAGUACCGUCCUGCCGCAGAAAAACUGCUGGUCACUGUGAUUGCGGCCCGAGAUAUCCCCGACAAGGCUCGAAGCGGGAUGAGUGCCUGGCAGGUGCACGUGGUCCUGCUGCCCUCCAAGAAACAGCGACACAAGACGUCCGUGCAGAAAGGCUCACUCCCGCACUUCAACGAGACGUUUCGCUUCUCGCGCCUGGAGCCGUCCGACCUCCAGAAGUCAGCUAUCAGGUUCAGGCUGUACGCGCUGGGUAGCAGAAUAUCACGUGAGCGAAUGAUGGGGGAGAAAGUGCUGCGUUUACGAGGACUUAACGCAGACGGGGGGACGAUGGAAACGACACUAGUCCUGGAGCCUAGAAGUAACCUGAAGAGUGUCGACUCCCAGCUCAGCCUGUCUGCCGUCUCUCAGAGCGACAGCGCCUCAUCAACCCAGUCUCUGACCCAUGGUGGCGUCCCUGAACUGCUGGUGGGUCUCUCCUACAAUGCCACAACGGGACGCAUGUCUGUGGAGCUCAUCAAGGGCAGCCACUUCAGAAACCUUGCCAUGAACAGGCCACCAGACACCUACGGACGACUGACUCUGCUGAAUUCAGUUGGUCAAGAGAUCUGUCGGACUAAGACGACAGUACGCCGUGGUCAGCCCAACCCUGUGUACAAGGAGACAUUUAUCUUCCAGGUUGCUCUGUUCCAGCUGUCAGACGUCACUCUGCUGAUCUCUAUCUACAACCGCCGCAGCAUGAAGCGCAAGGAGAUGGUGGGUUGGAUCGCUCUGGGCCAGAACAGUAGCGGCGAUGAAGAGCAGCUUCACUGGCAGGACAUGAGGGAGGGUCGAGGACAGCAGGUCUGCCGCUGGCACGUCCUGUUGGAGGCAUAAAAUAACUGUCGGGCAGGACUUUACUUUCUUCUGUGGUUUUUCUUAUAUUUUUUUAUUCUGUAGUUAGACAGCUUUAGAGCUUUUGGAAAAGAAAAGGAAAGCCUUGAUUUAGAGAGUGGAUUAUUAUGGUUAAGAUUUCAGGCCUCAGUGAUUCACAGAAUCUCCUCAAUUUUUACAUCCAGCACAGAUGAUUAGUUUGUGUCAACAUGCAGGACAAAGUCUUUGGUUCUCAGGCUGUAAUCGGUUUAAAAUACAAGCUUUCAAUUCAUGUUUCAGGAAAGAAAAAAUAUUUAAAGACUAUAAAAAGACAUUGAAGACAUUAAAUUUACUUCUGAAUUGGCAGAUAGAAGUCAAAUAUUUUUGUCUUGUUAUCUCUCACACUUCACUGCAGGACAUUUGUCCUCCUUGCUGCACUUCAGUUGUUGUAUUGAAUUGCUUUGUUAGGAAUUACUGAAAGUGUGUGUGCACUUGUUUUUUCGCUGUUUUUCGGGGUUUUUUGUUUUCAGUGACGGUAAACUAAACUGCAGAGAAGAAAUAGAGAGAUGCGACAUUCUGGAAAUAUUAGUGGCACAUCCUGUCGGAAGUGUCACAGAUUUGGAUUUUUGUUAUGGGUCGAGAAUGAUCAAUGUUAUAUGAGGAAGUUCAUUUAGGUCACAAAAACUAGCAAAAUUAUUCAGUAAGUAUUCAGUGAGCUCUGCAGUACAUCAGCCAUCUUUUCAUUAAGAUCUUAUGAUGUCACACCAUUUAUAUCAGAGCACAAGCACAUGGCUGCCCAUCAAUUUAACCAAUUGUAUACUCACUGGUUAAAUCCCACUGCUAGCCUGAAUGGAGUGAUUGAAAAGCAUAGAGACUGUUGAGAAAUACAUUCAAGUGAAAUUUUACUGCAAUUUACAUCCUUCCACUGAGCUUAGAGAGCUUGGUUAGCUGGUAAAAUGCAAAUAUCUAUAACUGUAAACACAAAGAAAUGAAACAAUUAUAACUGGAUGACGUCAGUUACCUGUGUCUAUACUUCAUUGGCAUCUGUUAAUUAGGUUCAAACAGUGUGAUCACAGGUAAAUAAGCAAAAGUUUGAAGUUCUGAAUCAAAUCUCCAAGUCUACAUAAGUGGAUUGCCCUCCUGGUCACGUCUAAAUUUUUUGGGGGGGGGGACUUUGUUUUGUUUUGUUUCUUUAACCAGCCUCCAAAGUUUUCUACACCGUCUCAGUGGAUUAAAGUCAGACUUUCUAUUAAGGUUGGGCGAUUGGACGAAUAUAUCGACUAUCGAUGAUAUAUGCAUCUCAAAUAAAUAAAUAAAUAGAUAAUCAAAAAAGUAAUACUGAAACAAACAAGAAGAGAAGGUAAAAUAUUCCCUCCAAACAAAACGUAUAAAUUCUAAAUGUGCAAAUCAGUCCGUGCAUGAUUACAUUGCUCCGCCUGUCAAAAAGUCUGCGUCUGCGUGAAUAUAUCGUCUAUCGUUCCAUCGUCAGAUUAUCGGUUGGAAAAUUUUUACAUAUCACCCAACCUGACAUUUUAACUAAAAAAUCAGCGAAUAAUCAAUUCUAUUUAUUAUAAUAAUAAUAAUGGAUUGCAUUUAUACAGAGCUUUUCGAGAACCUCAAAGCGCUUUACAAUUCCACUAUUCAUUCACUCUGACAUUCACACACUGGUGGAGGCAAGCUAUAGUUGUAGCCAGAGCUGCCCCGGGGCAGACUGACAGAAGCGAGGCUGCCAUAUCGCGCCAUCGGCCCCCAUGGCCAUCACCAGUAGGCGGUAGGUGAAGUGUCUUGCCCAAGGACACAACGACCAAGACAGACAGAGCAGGGGACCGAACCGGCAACCUUCUGGUUACAAGAUGAGCUUUGUUGGGAAAAGCUGGUGGUAAUUUGUGGAUUCAAGGGCGCUGCUGGAGAGCUAAUCCCACAGAAACCAAACUGACAAAAAAACGACAAAAAAGUAGCUAAUCUGACUCAUUUGGAUUCCUGUUUAGCAGGUCAAAAAUCAACUUUUGUGCUUAGUCGGGGUAUUGUUUACUCCAAUAACUCCACAUGAUCAACAAUACUAAAUCCAAUACAGUAACCCUUAGUACCUGUAGGCAAAUUGUUAUGUAAUCCAAAACUGAUGCAAGCAAAAAGAUACAAAUUUAAUUAAGUCAUCACACAGAAAUUUAAUGAUUCAAAUAAAAAAAGGGUUUCAUUCAAAUUGGUGGUUCUUAAAAUUAGAUAUUAAAACCUCUAAAGAAUAACACUUUACAUAUUAAAUCUUAAUUUCUGUAACAAAAAUUAAGCCAAAAUGGAGAAGUACUUUGUGAAAAAAUACACCCUUGUGGCUUUUGUAGGAAUUAAGAGGGAAAGUAGCAGUCAGGUGCUGCUGAUCAAACGCACAAUAGUAAGUGUGAGCAUCAAUAUUCAAACAGAAGAACAUGGCAGUACAGUUUAUCUUUGCCAAGCUGCAUAAAACACAAGGCUUCUGGAACAAUGUAUUUUAGAGUGAUGAGACCAAAGCAGAGAUGUUUGUUCAUGAUGAGGAGGAUCACGUUUUGGUGACAACCAAACAGCCGCUCAGCACAAACAAGCCCGGUGGUGGAGAUGUGAUGAUUUGGUAGAUACCAAAGUAUUCUACAGUACUGUCAUCUUUGUAUUUACAUUCUCUGGACUACAGCUGUUGUAAACAUGCUAAAUAAUAAGAUUAAAGGGCUCAUUUAAUCUAUAAAGUUCCCUCACAGUGAAUGCUUUGUGAAAAAGCUUUGUGUAGUUUAAAUAAACAAGAUAUAAACUUACAAAAUAUUCAAAGGUGAUUAAGUUUAAACAGUGACCUAAGCAGUGCAGUAAAUGAACAGAUCACAAGACAAGUUUUUGGGCAAGUGGUACUAUAACCGCGAUAACAUUUGGUGGUCUAUUUGUGUCUUCUUUUGUUUUUGCUUUGUUUUUAUGCUUACCCUAAAAUUGUAAGGCAGCUCUCACUGACAUUUUAGUUACGUUUUUCAGUGCAGAAAUAUGACUGAAGGAUCACGUACCCGUGAAAUACUUGAAAAAGGAACCAAUAUUUUCUGAUUCAGUUGGAGAAGAAGGAUGUCUCAUUCACAUUCAGCGCUCAUUCAUAUUCUCCUGACGCUCGUGCUACAACAGGCAGGAAGACCAGCAGCUGGAGGCUCUUAAACCCAUUGGGAUGAGCCUCAUCAAUCCUGAAUGAUGUUAUUUGGCCUCAGCUCAGUCUCCUUCACAGGGCAAAGCUCAUUUCAACAUCCAUCAAUGCUGAGCUCAAAAGAGGCUUUAAAUAUCUCACUGCAGCUGUUAAGAACCGCCAAUGAAUUACCCUGGAAGUGUGUGUGUGUCUGUUUUUUCCCCCCCAGUCACACUCUGUGUUAAUUGGUAGUUAUGGCAGUGAAACCGUACAGUGUGAUGGUGAUGAGGGUAAUGCUGCUGCUAAUGCUCUUCCUUUUCCCAUCUGAGCAUCUUUGAGUCAUAAGGCAGCAGCGCAGCCUGAAUCGGGGGAUUAUUUUUGUUUGUGUGGAGAAAUACUGUAGCUGAACCCUCGGGGGUUCGCACACUGAGAGCAGUGAUGUGUUUACUCGAGCGUUUGUUUUCUUUGGACAGGUGACAACACAGUCUCUUUAGCAAUUAAUAAAACUGUGAUCGGAAAUGACUCGAGGUUGGUGGCCAUAAGGCGACGCCAUGCAUUAGAAAUCAGGGCCGAUUCUUUGUGUUUAAUGUGUUAGCAUACCCCCUCCCCCCUCCAAAAAAAGGACUUGCUGACAGUUUUCACUACUAAACUCAGAACUUUCACCUUUUUAACAUUCUCGCCUAGUUUUUCCAUUAUUCAUAACCUUUUUGUAACACUUCAGAAAAAGGAAAUGUCAGCGUGUGAACAAGUGCUUAUCAAGAAAGUAAGCCACAAUAUCUGAACAGCUUCUGAUUACUCUGUGAUUUGUUAUGUUUCUAAAGUCGUUCAGGGACGUUUCCAGCAGAAGAAAGACAACUUUUUAUCUUUUUUUCCUUUUAUAUGAACAUGAGUCACUUGUUGAGGGACAUAGGUGAAUGGACUCAUUUUGUAUCUAUUUAGCACAGGAACCAAGCUGUAAAUGCUGUAAAUGCUAAGAUUGUAGAUGCGUAAUGACAACUACUUCAGGUGUACAUUAUACGAAGCAUGGAUGAUGAUUAGGAGUGCUGCAGUUAUCUUACAUAGGAAUCCAGAUCAUUUUUUUAUUUUCUACACUGUGAUGUAGUUCAGUUUAAACCCUCUAACGACAAAGCCAACCAAAUCCCAUCAAUGUUUGUUUGAUAUAGACAGCUGCGAUUCACCCAUAAAUAUUUUUAAUUGUAUUAUUUUUUUUUCUCAAAUUAAUAGUCAUUUCGAAAAGUAUAACAAUGUUUUUGAGAAGAAUGUACAAGUUUUUAUAUAUGUGGAAAUCACGGACUUUAUUUGGGUGUAAGAAGCAAGUAAUUGUGAUGCAUAGAAAAUGAAAAACCUGCCAAAGUGUCUUAAAACUGCAUGUAAUGACUGCAUACGUGAUAAUAAUUUAGCUCUUUGAGAGUAAGGCUAACAUGACAUUGAUCAGACAUAUGUAUCUUUCCUAGCUAAAGAAGACAUGGAAGUUAUAGGGCAUUAUUACAACAAUGAACCAACACUGUCCAAAUAUAGUGACAACUAGCAUAGCGAGGUAAGGUCUCGGUUGUUGUUCGGGGUUAUUUAACCUCUAUUUUCAACAUUGACUUUUUAUGGCUAAGUAAUGAUUUGUUAGCCUCUUGGUUAACAUUAAGACUAUAAUCCGUAAAUUCAGGAAAUAGAUAAAAAAGGUCACCUGGUUAGUACUGCAGGCAUCCCAAAGUUCGCAUCUUGUAUUGUGGUCCAAAAGAGUAAUAAUUUAUUCUUUGAAAGUCCACUCCUGUGGUUUCACUUUGAAAAGGAAAAAAAAUAUAAAAACACAACUGUUAAAUCGCCUAAACUUACAUUUUGUUGUCCAAAGGGCAGUGAACUGACAAUUAUAAUUAACUGACAUUAACUAAUUCAGAGGUUUAGCAAAAAGGUAAGUUUUCCUUUUAAAUCAGCUAUCUAGAAUUCCUAAAAAAUGUGUCGUCUACCAGAUUGGGAUUAAUAAUUACUUCCAAAGUAUCCAAACCCUCUUUGUUGCAUUAACGUUAGUGAUGACACAGCGCAUCCUUAAAUGUAUUUAUUCUUCCUAAGAUACUAUGAUCUUUGGCAGAUGAGCCCGAACAAUCCACAUUUGAUAAUCAGUUUUAUUUUAUAGUUUGUAGAGAGAAAUUUGACAAUCCCCUGUGAAGAAGCGUUCGUCUGCAGUGGGUAAAAUAAUAUCAGCACUCCUCUUCAGCCGGUUUCGUACUUGUGAGUGUGAAUAGUGACAUGAAUUAUAUUUACUGCACAGAUUAAUAUAUUUUAUGCAUGUUGAGUUGUUGUAUAGAAUCUAUCAUAUCUAUUAUAUUUUUAAAAAAAUAGUAAAUGUUUAAUGUUUUUAAAUACGUCCCAGGAUUGUAUUUAUAUAUCUGCAUGCCCAGUUCAAGAUCCCAGGUUGUAUUACAGAUGUGAGACAGAUUGUGUGAUCAGAUUGUGCUGCAGAUGUAAUACUGAUGAAGUGCCUGUAAUAUUUUGAGAUGAAACAUAUCCACCAUGACAAAGAGUUGAUACACAUCUGCAUGAAGCCUCCUUGUUGUUCUCUGUGAAUGCUGCUCUAGGACUGCAUUUGCCUGGAAGGUUUAUUUGUCAAGGCCCUGACCAGGGCUGAAGUCAGACAAGUGCAAAGCCAGUGAGGAGAGGGAUGAAACAUUUUCAGAAACCAAGACCAAAAAGUUUUAUUUCAUGCAUUAGCAAAUUCAGUUUUAGAACAUUUAACAGAAUAUCAGUUUUAAAUGCAAUCUACUUUUGGCUUCUUCAGAUCUGUUGCCCACAUUGGCCUUUUACAAAUGAGAACAAUGUACUUUUUAAAUAGGUAAGCUAUUUAAUUUGAUAUUUUUUUUAAUCGGGAGACAGCAUAGUUUAUGCUAAUUAUGAUAGCAUCGUUUUACCUUUUAUGGUAAAUCACUGUUUUUGUGCGUAUUAAACACAUACGGUGUAAGCGUGUCAAACUAUAGCAGUGCUGUUGGGUUUAUCUUUUUCUGUGGACAAAGUCUGGUUAGCUAUAUAUUGCUACUAUCAGUGUUUACGCUAAGCUAGGCUAAUCACCUUCUGGGUCUAGCUCUGCUCUUAAGACACAAACAUGAAAGUAACUAAUCUUCUCAUGCAGCUGUAAUGUGCAAGUGUAAUUUCUUAAAAUAUCCAGGUAUUGGUUUUCAUGUUUUAUAAUUAGAGUAAAACCUGGCUUAAAAUUAACAAUUUUAAGAUUCCUGUGAUUAGUGGUUAUAUUUAGGUACUGGCAGGUUUUGGUCAUCGUCUGCUUUGAGGCACUAACACUGAUUAAAAACAAUGUUUUUCCAUGCAAUUAGACCUGACCUCAGUGGUGUGUAGGCUAUAAGGCUAAUUUGAUGCUUUAUUCACACUAUUCACUUCAAAAUCUCGAGCUGACGCCAUAGUUUUGGGCUAACUGGGGGGAAAAACUGAAUAGCAUUACAUUUCUACGAGACAAAGAUAAAGCAAUGUGUCUAACUUCUAUCUUGUUUCUGGCCUCCCUGAGAAGUAUAGCUGUAUAAGGUCAAGUUCAUGAGUCAUUUCAGGCCUAUAAAGAGACAGUGGACAUUGAUCCUGAUCUUGCACUGACUAUUCUGCAGCCCUGGUCUGGGCUGUGCAUGCUGAGCUCCCGCAGCACCCAGAAAGCACUUUUUGUACCAAGUUGUCAUUGCCAAUAAAAACCAGAAGAUCCCUGCUGUGGUAACGUC